AUAAUAACAAUUUAGAAUUUUGAGAAAGGUCACAUCCAAGUAUUAGAAAGAUUAUGGAAUUUCCUAACAGAGGGCGUCUGUGAACCGAUGGUGCUGAACACACUGGUGGAAGAAUACGCCCGGUGGGUAGUGAAGUGUUCUGUCGAGACAGACCAUGUGCCUUUGUUGAUUCUGUUUACAACGUGUGUCGUCGCGAUGUUCUAAGUAUUCUCUCCCCCUGUCCAGUUAAAUUUAGCUUAUAGAAAACAUGGAAAGAAAUCUGAACAGUGCUCCAGAUAAUCUCUCUGCUAUGAAUACAGAAGAACCACAAUCAUCUCCAUGGAGAAAUCCAGAAUUAGAGCAGGCAAUGGAAGAAAUAUAUCAUCCUCCAAGUACACGUUUUUCUCUUGCAGAUUUUCAUGAUGGUAAAGAGAAUGUUGAGAGAAAGCAUCGAUAUGAUGAAAAUGAUUAUCAGUUACAUAGAAUGGAAAGUUUUCAUCAUCAUCAGCCUUUAAGAAGGUUACAUCACCAUCGUCAUCGUGCUUAUUCUCGAUCUGAUCAAGAGGAAACUGAAUUUGAUGAUGAUUUGGUAAAACCGGAAGAAAAAAUUGAAGAUGUUAACACUAGUGUCAAAGCGAAAGUGGAAGAAUCACUUUCACCAGCGAAGAAAGUAGAAACAGAACCUAUUAAAGAUUCUGGAAAUGAGAAAGUUCAGUUUUUUUUGGGAAGUGUUACAUCACUAGAACAUCAGACAGAUGAUAGCAAAAAUUCUCCUUUAAUCAUUCCUGGAAGAAAAUUAUCAGCUCCAACUGUGCCUUCAGUAGGUCAAACAUUACGAUCAUCACUUAAAAAACCAAUGUCAAAAGAGGGGAAAAGAGAUUUGAAAGGUGUAUCUUUCACUGACAACAGCCAUCUGUUAGAGGAGAAUGAAGGUGAAAGUGCAUAUUAUAUAGGUGAUUCCAGUGUGACAGAACCAUUACUCACUGAUUCAAAAGAUUACAAUGCUAAUCAAUCUAAAGUUACUUUUCAACUUGGUGAAGAAAAUGUGAAACAAGUAAAAGAUGUAGAUGAUGAUUCUAAUCAAAAACCAUUGAGUAAAAAAAGUGAUCAUUAUCAUCAUCAUCAUCACCACCGGAAACAUCGUCAUCGACAUGAACCUCUUCAGAGAUUACAAUCGGGUUCAAAUCUUGAACAAGACAAAUUUUCUUCCCAUCAAAUUAUAGAACCAGAAGAAGCUGCAAUGCUUCAAACUGCUGAUUUGGAUGAUUUAGCAAGUCAUCGUUUUGAGAAUCCUCGUGGUAUUCGAAGACAUAAGAUUCAAGCUAAAAGUUCUGUAUCAUCAUUUAUUCACCUCAGUAGGAAAGAAGGUGUAGAUGUUAAAAGUUUACCUUUUGUGAAGAAACUCUAUGAUCAUCAGCCUCAUGAGAUAUUUGUUGAACUUGAUGAGUUAGUUCAAGGUCCUGCCCAUCAAGAUCUUGAAUGGAGAGAAACUGCUCGAUGGAUUAAAUAUGAGGAGAAUGUUGAAGAAGGGGCUGAACGUUGGGGGAAACCCCAUGUAGCUUCUUUAUCAUUUCAUAGUUUAUUAUCUCUUAGAAAAUGUCUAGAACAGGGUACUGUGCUGUUAGAUUUGGAAGAAAAAGAUUUACCUGGAAUUGCACAAAAGGUUGUUGAAAAUAUGGUUGCUACAAAUCAAUUAAAACCUGAAAAUCAAGGAGCAGUACUAAGAGCACUUCUUUUGCGACAUCGUCAUGUUAAUGAUAGGAGUUUAAUGUUUGGAAUGAGAAGAAAUAGUUCAGUUUAUUCAAAUCUCAAUCAACUUGUGGCAAAUGAUAAGAGCAAAUCACCAAAAAUUAUUUCUAUGGGAAGACGGGCUUCUUCAUAUAGUCCUCAAGAAACAGUGGAUAAAUCAAAUGGAAAGCAUAAUCAGAAUUCAAUUAAAACAGUAUCAUCAGACACUAAGCUCCAACCAGAAUUAGAGCACAAGACAUCAAGUGAAAUCCAUCAAUUACAGAAUUUCCAUGAGGUUGCAUACAAAGCAGAUGACCGCAAGGAUUUACUGUGUGCCAUUAAUGAGUUUCUGGAUGAUAGCAUUGUACUUCCACCUGGGGACUGGGAAAGAAAAUCUUUGCUGCCUAUUCAAGAGAUUAGGAAGAAAUAUCAAGAAAUUCGUCAAAGGAAAAGGAAAGAAGAAAAAGAAAAAGAACCAACUAAUUUUCCUUCCUAUGACCCUUUACAACGUUCUCGACGAUGUUUUGGAGGUGUCAUUAAUGACAUUAAGCAUCGUUUUCCUUGGUAUCUAAGUGAUCUGAAAGAUGGUCUUAAUGGCCAAUGUUUAGCUGCAGCAAUUUUCAUUUAUUUUGCUGCUCUUUCUGGUGCUAUAACAUUUGGUGGUUUGAUGGGGGAUAAAACUAAUAAUUUAAUUGGAGUAUCUGAAACAUUGAUAGUUACGGCAGCUUCUGGUGUUUUGUAUUCUUUAUUAGCUGGUCAGCCUAUGGUAAUUAUUGGAACAACUGGCCCUGUUCUUCUGUUUGACGAGAUUCUCUUUAAGUUCUGCAAUGACAAUGAUAUAGAAUUUCUUCCAAUGAGAGUUUGGAUCAGUUUUUGGGUGGCAAUUAUUGCUACUGUAGUUGUUGCACUGGAAGGAAGUGCUUUGGUUCGAUUUUUCUCUAGAUUUACUCAAGAAAUAUUUGCUGCUUUAAUUUCUUUAUUGUAUAUAUAUGAAAGUUUCAAUAAAUUAUAUCAGGUAUUUUUACAGCAUCCACUUCUUUCUGACUAUUGUAAUAUAUCAAAUAUUAGCAACCUUAACGAAACUUCAUCAAAUUAUACUAAUAUUUCACAAAAUUCAAGUUUAAGAGAUUUUAAUGUUUCAAGCACAAAAGCAACAAAUUUUACUAAAAAACUUGCUGUUCCAGAGAUGAUUAAUCAGCCCAACACUGCUUUAUUAUCAGCUAUUAUGAUGAUUGGAACAUUUUUCAUAGCUCAUUUUCUUCGUCAUUUUCGUAAUAGCAAGUUUUUAGGAAGAAGUGCAAGACGAGCAUUGGGAGAUUUUGGUGUUCCUAUUGCCAUUAUUAUUAUGGUUGGAUUAGAUGCUUCAAUCAAUCAAAUAUUAUUUGGUUUUUAAAAUAAAUUUUUUGUUUAGAAACUUAGUGUACCAGAAGGUCUUAGUCCUAGUGACCCUUCUCAAAGAGGAUGGCUUAUUUCUCCUAUAGGAUUACAGAGACCAAUUGCUGUUUGGCAUGCAUUUGCUGCUUUUAUUGCUGCAAUUUUAAUAUUUAUAUUGCUUUUUCUAGAAAUUCAAAUAUGCGAACUAAUAAUUAACAAGAAAGAAAGGAAAUUAAAAAAAGGAUCAGGAUUUCAUCUUGAUUUGAUAUUAAUUAGUUACAUGGAAAUAGCUUGUGCUUUGUUAGGUGGACCUUGGAUGUGUGCAGCAACAGUUAGAUCUGUAUCUCAUGUUGCAAGCUUAACUGUAAUGAGUCGUACACAUGCACCUGGUGAAACACCUUAUGUAAUUGAGGUUAAAGAACAAAGGGUGAGCAAUCUUUUUGUAUCCAGUCUUAUAGGAAUUUCUGUUCUUAUGGCACCAUUGUUAAGAAAAGUACCUGUUGCUGUGCUAUUCGGAGUUUUUCUAUACAUGGGUAUCUCUUCAAUGAGUGGUAUUCAGUUGUUUGAACGCAUACAGUUACUAUUUAUGCCUGUUAAACAUCAUCCUGAAGCUCCUUAUAUUCAAAAGGUACCAACUAUAAAGAUGCAUCUUUAUACAAUUAUCCAGUUGAUAUCUCUAGCUGUUCUUUGGACAGUCAAGUCAACUGCAGCUGCUCUAGCAUUUCCAUUUGUAUUGUUAAUGAUGGUGCCUAUCAGAUCACAGUUAAAAUGUUGCUUUACUGUGAAAGAAUUGCAUGCUCUUGAUGGUGAAGAAAUUGAUGAUGAUCAACAUGAAGAACCAGAUUUCUAUGAACAGAUUUUGCCCUAAUGUAGAAACAUACAGAAACAAAUGCAAAUUACAUUUUAAAAAAAUCCUCUAUUUGUGGACCAACAAAUAUGUAAUUAUCAUGAACCAUCUAAAUGUGAUACUUAUUGAAGAUUAUUUUUGUUAGGAAAGAAAGGAGAACAAGGGGGGAAAUCUUUAUAUUUUUAUAAUUUAUAUGUCAGAUGUACUAUUUUCUCAGAUAAUGUUUAUAAAACUGGUAAAUUUGUUUAAGAAUAUUAUCAGUUUUUUUUUUUGUUGUGGUAAAACCAAUUAAGAAUCUUAAUUUCGUAGAAUCUUCUACAAAAGCAUUUAUUAUGGUUGUACAUAAUAUUGUUAAUCUCGGCAUUUUGAACUGAUUUGUAGAUAUCUAAAUUUAUUAAAUGGUACAGUAACUAAUUGUUUGUAAUGUUCAGAUACCAGAAAUUCAAAUGAAAAAUUUUAUUUGUAUUUUGGAACUUUAUUAAUCAUUUUAGGAUGCUCUUAGUUGUAUGCUGUAAAUAUUUUAGGAAUUAUUAUUUUUGAAAAGGUUUUGUAUUCAUCAGGAUUUGAAUUUUUGAAAUGUUUAUGUAUUAACAUCAGGUUGUGUGUUUCUUCAGUAAAUGAUUGUAAGAUUUUUUUUUAAUUGUUGUUGUAAAAAUAAAUUUUCAUAAAA